GGACUAAGUUGUGUUAUAUAUAGUGUUUUUAAAUCGGACUGCAGUUUGCAAAAUUAUUAAAUAAUUUAUUACGUUGUGUAUUGUCUUAAUACAAAGUGAUAAUCCAGUGAGAGGACGUUUCCAGAAAUUGCUGCUUACUGUUGUAUAAAUAACAAAGUGAUCUAAGUGUUAGUGACAGUUCGUCUCAGCACAAAUUUCAAGAAAUUGCAAGAAGUCUUCAGAAGUACAGCUAUGAUGAACCCUGUGACUGCCUUUGAUAUACCAAUGUUCACACCGUUGAUGGCGGCCUGCUCCACAACAAGCAAUUCUGAAGAAACCACGCUAGCCUUGGUGAAGAAAUUAAUAGAAAGUGGUGCUAAUGUUAACGCCACUGAUGCAGAUGGAAUUACAGCCUUGAUGCUAGCGUGUCAAGUGGGUUACGUCUCAGUAGUCCAAGAAUUGCUUGCACAUGUAGCAAACGUGAAUCAAGCUGAUGUAAAUGGAUAUAAUGCUUUAUUCUGGGCAAUUAUUAAAAAUUUUCGUCAAGUAUGCUCGCUUCUCAUCGAAAAAAAAUUUAAUGUGGCACUCUGCUCAAUAGCAAAUAAUACUGAAGAAAAGGUUUUAGCUAUAGUAAAGAUAUUAAUACAGCAUGAUGCUGACAUUAAUGCUACUGAUAAGAAGGGGAUAACAGCUUUAAUGUUAUCCUGUGAAGUGGGUUAUGUGUCUGUGGUUGAUGAAUUACUCUCACAUCAAAGCUCAUAUCAAGUUCAUCAAGCAGAUGAAGAAGGACAGAAUGCUUUAUUCUGGGCUAUUAAAGAAAGCCAUUUUAAUCAUUGUGCCCUGCUUGUUGAAAAAAAUUGUGUUGUGGCACCCUGCCCAACAACAAAUAAUACUGAAGAGACAGUUCUAGCAUUGGUUAAAAUACUAUUAAAACACGGUGCCAACGUUAAUACUUCAGAUUCACAAGGAAUUACAGCUCUAAUGCUAGCGUGCCAAUUGGGCCAUCUUUCUGUAAUUCAAGAACUAAUAGCUCAUGGAGCAGAAGUAAAUAAAACUGAUAUCCAAGGACAUAGUGCCUUAUUCUGGGCUAUUAAUGAAAAUCAAUAUCAAGUUUGUGUUAUGCUUAUUGAAAAGAAAAGCGAUAUCAACGCUGUGGACAUUAGAGGUACUACAUGUUAUCAACUCGCAGCAUCGAAAGGAUUUGUAGAUAUACUGUAUUUACUCGAAAGCUGUGCAGAAGGUAGAAAGCUUAAUCCAUACAGGAUAGAAGCAAGUUGUGUGGUGGAGGAGAUGGGAUGGAGAAAUUCUGUACUAGGAGCAAAAUGGUGUGCAGCAGAAGAACAACAAAUUGGUAAUCGUGAUGUUCUAGAAAAAUUGGCGUUUUCAACAAAUGGUGAGUGA